GGCAAUUCCUGCAGGUGUAGGAUGAGAGAAGCAUCUGGUGGGGAUCAGCACAUGUUGUGCCCGUGUGGGGAGCACUGCGGCUGCAACCCCUGCACCUGCGUCAAGACCCAAACACAAACCUCCGCCAAGGGCUGUACCUGUGGUGAGGGAUGCACCUGUGCCAGUUGCGCCACUUAGAUCCUUAACUAUGUCUAUACCAUACUUGUAUCAUAAGUGCUAGUUAGUCAAUCUGAAAUAAAACUGUUUAUUGAGGUCCAAGGUUCAACAAUAUAUUGUAUGCUCUGCUUUUGUCUAAUGACUCAUCCAAGUGUAUGAAAAUAAUACCGUAAACCUUGAGUGUC